AUACGAGAAAGAGAGAAAAUCAUUAGAUCACUCCAACGCAGAGAGACGCUGCUUCAUUCAGCCACCUGGCGCUGAGCUGCGGUAAUUACCGUGGUGUGAAGCCUAAUAUAAAAGGACCUGUACAGUGCGCUUUCCAAUUUCCAUACCAUAUCGUAGAAAAAUGUGCGAAAUUUGAUUUCUAUAAGCAUCAUAUUAACGAUUUUUGUGGUGAAGGAGACUUAGCAAUGCAUUCGGCGUCAGUGGUGGUUUUUAUUUGUAUCGCUUCAAUUGCCUAUAUGAGAGAUAACCAUCUGAACGCGAUUAGUCAAUAAAUAACGUACAUCCAAGGAAUUCUUCAACAUUUAACAUCUGGCCGACUGUAUGACUAGGUUUAGAGUGUAAACAAGAGCGCGAUAACACACACAGUGUUUUAAGCGCACUCAAUCAGAUCGGAGCUACCUGUCGCACUGACAAGCAGGCGACCGAGGGAGCAUGAGUAUUCAAGACAUGCCUGUAGACUACAGGAGGUCUCCCUCCCCGGGAACAGUAUUCCCCAUUCCUUCCCGGAAUAUGCUGAGGAAGAAAGACUUGUGUCAGAUUGACGAUUCACCCGUGAGGAAAAACAAAAGGAAAAGUAGUGAACCCAAAAAGAGAACAGAUUUCAGCAUCAAACGAUUCUGUCCGGAUAGUCCUAGUCCCGGAAGUGCUUGUUCUGAGAGUGGCCGAAGUGAGGACACUGACAAUAAUAAUGAAGAUUCUCCUAACUCUCCGGCAAGGUGUCCUAGCGGAAUGAUUCUUCCUGAAAGAGAGGAACCGCGAGGGGGACACCAAAGUGAUUCAAACAGUUCUCCCCCCGUUCCUCAUGGACUCGUGUUAUAUCCCACACACAUACCUCCUGGGUAUUUAAUCCCAGGAUUUCCUUAUGGACAUCCAGGGUUACCUUUUCCACCUCAACACUCUCAUUUGAAUGUUCCUAGAUUGGAUUACUUGAAUAGAAAUAAUACCUCAAAUUAUGUUCCUUCUUCGGAGAAGGUGGAGGUUAGAAGUCAUGUAGAUAAAGCUAGUGAGAAAAAUAUGACUUAUAGUGAAAAUGAAAACAUUACAAUUGGUAGCAACACUGUCGAGGAGGAUACAGAGGAUGGAUAUAUAUCGGACAGCAUGUGCAAAAAUGGAAGCAAAAAAUCCAGGAAAAAUUACAAAAACAUGACAAGAGAACGUCGAAUUGAGGCGAACGCUCGAGAGAGAACCCGUGUCCAUACAAUUAGUGCUGCUUUUGAAAAUCUUAGAAGAGCUGUUCCGUCCUAUUCAUAUAACCAGAAAUUAUCCAAACUCGCCAUCCUUAGAAUAGCAAGUAGUUAUAUAAUGGCUCUUGGACGCUUAACUGAAAUUGACAAUUUUGAUAACAAAGAGUCCAGAACUGAAUUUGGAGAGUGUGUUGAUUUGUGUACACGGACAAUUCAAACAGAGGGAAGAGCGAGAAGACGUCAUUGAUAAACUUAGAAAUUGAGAAAUCUUGGGAAAGCUUCUAAAUUCACUACAAUCGUCAGGAAUGUAUUAUGGUCGAAUACGACUUUUUAACCGGUAAAGAGAAAAAUAUUACUUGCUCCAAUGUAAAUUUACAAGUGAAACAUCUGGUCGAAUUAUUACUGUUUCUGUCGAUAACGGUGCGCGGGGAAAAACUUGGCUGCUGGAUUAACGACGGAACCACUGACUGUAGAUCAUUUAUGAUAUGAUCAAACGGGGAUCCAGAUGGUGUUUUUCGGCGUAUUGUGUUGCACAAAUAAGCCCUGUAUGCGCAGCGCUUUAUGAAUACGUUUAUUUUUGUUGAACAUACCGCCCGUUUGAUGCGGCGCCAGCUGCUAAGCUAGGAAACCCAAUACUUGUUGAGACAUUAUUAGAGUGCACGUCAAGAAGAUUUGGCCAGCCUCGUUUCAAGUCAAUUUUAUUUCUAGUGUUAAUUGCUCCUUUGUUGCAAAGUGGGUUUUUUUUUCCUUAACUGUGAUACAGUCCAUUUUCUUUGUUUCCCUUGAUAAAGAAUACAUGGAUCUAGUGGAUGCUGAAGACAUUACGUGCAAUGAUCCUCACCCCUGUUUUUAUGAGGUUUAUUAUUUUUUCUUAUUUGAGAAAAAAAAUGUGCUUGAAUUAAAUCGGUGCUAGAAAAAUAAAUUAUAAUUACCCAUUUAA